CUGCCCUAUCUUUCUGCCUUGCUUUCUUUUUCUGUAUUCAGUCCACUUUUUCUCCUUUCUCUACGUGGGCAGUUGGAUCGGUGCCACGUAUACAAGGGAAUCCGAUACCUGGCGUAUCGGCUGGUAGUACCGAUGCAUGGAGUGGGGUGUACUGGUUCUAAUGAUAUCCACUACGGGUCGAAGGAGUUCGGGAGCGCACGUAUCGAGGGGUUUCUUGACAAUGGGUCCCUGGGAGGGAAGUUUCUUAUAUCGCAUUGAAUGGGUCAUAUGUACUAGGUCUGCUGGAGUACUUUUUUGGAGGUUGGGGAUAGGAAGAUCUGCAGCCUUGACGGCCAGACAAACGCCACUAUGAAUAUUUUAUUAUGGGAUGUAUGUAUGUAUGUACUGUACGCAAUCCACUUAGUUCUUAAUCUAGC